UAGUUUGUGAUGCGGUUCUUGCUAUAAACGAAAUACUCAAGGAAAUGGAAAGUAUUUUGUCUUUUGCCUGAUAUUCAGAAAAAGAGACAUUUUGAGCAUCAUGACUUCAGAAGUAGAAGAACAUGUCCUUGCAAAAUAUGAAAUAAAGAAGCGACUGGGAAAAGGAGCGUAUGGCAUCGUGUGGAAGGCCAUUGACAGGAGAACAAGGGAGAUUGUGGCUUUGAAGAAGAUCUUUGACGCUUUCAGAAAUCAGACAGAUGCUCAGAGGACAUUUCGAGAAAUCAUGUUCUUACAAGAAUUCAGUGACCACAAGAAUAUUGUUAAAUUAUUGAAUGUGAUGAGAGCAGAAAAUGAUAAAGACAUCUACCUCGUGUUUGAGUAUAUGGACACUGAUCUCCAUGCUGUAAUCAAGAAAGGAGGGAUCUUAAAGGACAUUCACAAACGUUAUAUAAUGUAUCAGCUUAUUAACGCAACCAUGUACCUACAUUCUGGAAAUGUGAUACACAGAGAUCAAAAGCCGUCGAACAUCCUAUUAGAUACAGAAUGCUUUGUGAAGGUAGCUGACUUUGGCCUUGCCCGUUCAAUAACACAAAUAGAUGCAGUCUUGAGCGAAGACAAUCCUGCGCUGACAGAGUAUGUGGCAACAAGAUGGUAUAGAGCUCCAGAGAUUCUGCUAGCUUCUAAAAGAUACACAAAGGGAGUGGAUAUGUGGAGUGUCGGUUGUAUACUUGGAGAGCUUAUCAAAGGCAAACCAAUGUUUCCUGGUACAUCUACAUUCAACCAGCUAGAGAGGAUAAUGGCCAUUAUCGACCCACCCAACAAGGCAGACAUAGAGGCUAUACAGUCAGACUAUGGAGCUACGUUUGUAGACAUGUCAAAACUCAGGCACAAGCAGUCGAUAGAGGAAGUCUUACCGGGUGCUCCAGCUGAUGCAAUAGAUUUGAUAAGAAAACUAUUACAUUUCAACCCAGACAAGAGAUUAACUGCCAAACAAGCUCUUUCACAUCCAUAUGUAGCCAGAUUUAGAAAUAAAUCUGGUGAGAUAUUUCUAGACUAUGAUGUAGUCCCACCCCUAGACGAUGAUGUACAGCUCUCUGUCAAUGAAUACAGGUCCAAACUAUAUGAGAUGAUGAAAGAAAAGAAAGCGAGACACCGUCAGCAACUACGGGAAGCCCAGCAAGCCCAGAGGAGAGGGAGCCAGUCAUCUACCCCACCCUCAGAACAGGGUAGUCCCAUGGUCAAUGGGUCUUCGGCCUCGGCUCGGUCUAACCAGGCUGUCAGCAGUAGAGGGACCAGUAGACCGAGACCCCAUGCAGUUGGUGCAGGAGGAGCAGCGGCCGUAACUCAAGCCCCUUCAUCAACGACAUAUACAAAUUACACAGCCGAGGCAAGGAAACACAGACCCCCACUGAGUUCUGCUUCAGCGAACGGACACACCCCCAACAAGCGCCUCCACCAUACCUCAAGUGCCCCCAUGCUGCAUUCAGGUGUAGCAUUUGGUAGAACAACAGCAGACCCUCCUGCCCCAAUGCAGAGGAAAAACUCAGUAAGGCAGAACCUACAGAGACAGAGGAGUCUAGAAAACAUUACUGCAGGUCAGUACAAUAGCAAUGAGAACCAGUACCAAUCAUCCGGCUAUGGUCAGCAACGUCCAUCAUCCGGUCAUCACCAGCGUACCAGGUCAUUCUCAGCCGGUAUACGCAAUAGCACCAUCACAAGGGAUACCAAGGGUCAUCAAGGUGGGAGUCUGGCUGUGUCCAGCUCGAGACUAGUCCCUGCACAGAGACCCAUUUCAGCCCAAGAAAGCAGGACAUCCCACGCCGGAGGGCGUAAGCAGUUCGGGUCCAAGAACAUUAGCUCUUCGGGCGCACCUCGCUCAACAUUUGGCAGCUACAGCCAGGCCCAUGGUACGAUAUCAGCUAGCAGUUUGGCAAAGCUACAGGGAAGGUAGUCUUCUUCACAGAUCCUGCACACGAGUUUCUCGACACUAGUAGUUUAACCAGCCUGCCAAAGGAAGCCCACGAUUUUACUAAGCCGCAUGGAUGCUAGUCUUCUGUUCCUCGCCUGCGAACAGUUUUCCUGCACAAGAUAUUAUCUGAACUACAAGGGAAGCCCACAAUUUUACUAAGCCGCAGGGAUGGUAGUCUUCUGCUCCUAGCCUGCGAACUGUUUCUGUGCACAGGUGAUUAUUCAAAAGUACAAGGGAAGCCCACAAUUUUACUAUGCUGCAGGGGCGGUAAUCUUGCACAUUAUCCGUAACCUUUCACACAACACAUGUGGAUCAUUCAGAGAGUCAAGACUACAGACUGCAAUCCUCUCUUGUCUGAAUCCUAUCCAGUGUUGUGAUACAUUAGCUAGCAGAUUAGCAUUGUCACAGGGAAAAGGUUCUUUACAUGUAGGGUACUGCCCAAUUUCUGUUUCUCAGCACUCGUGGUCUGGCCACACAAUGGGUAUUCAUCCUCAAUAGCCUACAAGCUAUCCAGGGUCCUGUAUUACAAAGAGUUGUAAUUGACUCAAAUCAAUCUCACAUUGCAAUACAUCUGAAUUUGUGUAUGGAAGAGAUUCAGAUCAAUCCCAAUUUGAGAUUGAUUCAAAUCGCAACUGUCAGGAAGACAGGGCCUUGGAGUUUGAUGUCAGCAUGCAGUAUGGUCAAGCUACAUGGUUGUGGUUUCCGGCAACCAUGUAGCACAGGGUUUGACAAAGCAAUAUCUCUGCACAAUUUCAUGAAGCAUGUCACCACUGACCAAGUUACCAUUCUGCAUGUAGAUUAAUUAUUUGUAUGUGCCAUGCAGCUUCAGUCUGGUCAAAACCAUUGGAAGGGUAGCGUUUCAUGAAAGUUGUCAGCAUUUCCUUUGGCAAUCACCUUUAUUGCAACAUUCAAUGAUUCUUGUCAGAAUAAGCCUGCUGGCUCCAACAAUUUCUCUGGACAGGUGAUCGGGGCGAUUUUGGUCCCGGAAUGCACAAAAGAAUAACCUGCUUGCUCGGUGACCUCACGUUUUGUAACAAAGUUGGCGGAGUACAGCAAGCUUCCAUGUAUGCCGACUUAACCGAAGACAGACCCUUUAAAAAGAACCCCCCAAAAUCCUUAUUCACAGCAAUGUUAAAGCCCAUCCAGUGUUGCAGAUUUUGGCAGUAGUUUAUGAGAAGUAGUCCCCGAAAAUAAAAUAUUAUUUUUUGCUUGGGUCAUACGCAUACAUGAUGUAGCUCAUAAUUGAGUCGGUACUGACAGCUUUCAUGAAACAAUACCCUAAUGAUACCAU